GGGUGGCGGGAAAAGGCAGUACAUGUGGAGAAAGGAGGAGAAGAGGAAGAAGAAGGGAAUGCAACUGGGAAAGUACGAGUUGGGAAGGACUCUUGGAGAAGGCAAUUUCGGAAAGGUUAAGUACGCCAAGGAUAUUGAAUCUGGGCAGGGUUUUGCUGUUAAGAUCUUAGAGAAGAAGAGGAUUCUUGAUCUCAAGAUCGCAGACCAGAUAAAGAGGGAGAUUGCCACCUUGAAACUCCUCAAACAUCCAAACGUGGUCAGAUUACAUGAGGUCUUGGCAAGCAAAACCAAGAUUUACAUGGUCCUUGAGUAUGUGACUGGCGGCGAAUUGUUUGACAGAAUUGCAUCCAAUGGGAAACUUUCAGAAGCUGAAGGCAGGAAACUCUUCCAACAGUUGAUUGAUGCUGUGAACUAUUGCCACAACAAAGGUGUUUUCCAUAGGGAUCUCAAGCUAGAGAAUGUUCUUGUUGAUUCAAAAGGAAACAUAAAGAUCUCUGAUUUUGGCCUCAGUGCCUUACCACAGCAUUUUAGGGAUGAUGGGUUGUUGCAUACAACCUGUGGAAGUCCAAACUACGUUGCACCGGAGAUUCUUGCAAAUAGAGGGUACGACGGUUCAACUUCUGACGUUUGGUCAUGUGGUGUCAUCUUAUACGUGAUUCUUACAGGGUAUCUCCCUUUUGAUGAUAGAAAUCUUGCUGUUCUCUAUCAGAAGAUUUUCAAGGGGGAUGCUCAGAUGCCCAAAUGGCUGUCACCAGGUGCCAAGAACAUUAUAAAGAGAAUUCUUGACCCCAAACCUGAAACCCGAAUAACAAUGGCAGGGAUCAAAGCUGAUGAAUGGUUCAAGCAACAGUAUACACCAGCUUAUCCCGAAGAGGAAGAAGAAGAUAUUCAUGUGGAUGAUGAAGCUUUCUCAAUACAUGAGCCAAUGGAAGCAAAGAAGAGUCCAGGCUCACCCAACCUCAUCAAUGCCUUCCAGCUGAUUGGAAUGUCCUCAUGCCUUGAUCUCUCUGGUUUCUUUGAGAAAGAGGAUGUGUCAGAGAGGAAAAUCAGAUUUACCUCAAAUCAUUGCCCAAAAGAUUUACUUGAGAAGAUUGAGGAUAUUGUCACAGAGAUGGGAUUUCGAGUAGAGAAGAAAAAUGGAAGGCUUAAAGUGAUGCAAGAACAUAAGUGUCAGAAAAGCUUUGGGAGUCUUUCCCUGGCAGCAGAGGUGUUUGAAAUAAGCCCAUCCUUGUAUGUAGUCGAGUUGAGAAAAUCUUAUGGGGAUUCUUCUGUUUAUAGACAGUUGUGUAAAAAGCUAUCAAGUGAUCUGGGUGUUCCUACCAGCCAAGAGCUAUUGAAAGUUUGACUAUAGGAUACAAGCAAGCCACAGAGAUCAAAACGAGAAAGCAAAUCCAUAUCAUACAAUAUGUAAUUAUUAGUUUAUUACUGUUAGUCAAAUAGUCAGAAUCAAGUAGUAGAAGCACUAGCCCAUAUUCAAAAUAAAAGUAAAUACCUUAGCUCAUGUUGCAGAGCUAUUGCAACGUGCUUUAGCAAUUCAGUCUCACAAAUAAACCAUAAAAAUCAUCCAACUGUUUCAGGACAACAAAUUGAAGUCUGAUUCAUGCAA